CCUCUCUGUAGAUAAGACAAUGUUUCCGGGAGCAGCUCCUCCCCACGCUGGUGUCACGUGACUUGUGCCAUAUAUAGAGUGAGAGUGAGAGGCCCGGCACUGCUGUAUUGGCACCAGCUCUUGUGCCACCACCUGCUGUGCCACCCACCACCUGCUGUGCCACCCACCACCUACUGUACUACUCACCAUCUGCUGUACCACCCCACCACCUGCUGUACCACCCACCACCUACUGUACCACUCCCCAUCUGCUAUACCAACACUCACCAUCACUGGAUACCAACAUGCAGAUUUCUGUCAGUGUGAUUGAGCUUGGCGAGAGAAUAUGAGUGAGUUAGAACAAGAGGACGCUAGUGAGACCUCACCAUCACUGGUCAGUGAUACAGAGUUCACUGUAACCACACCUGUACCUGCUGGGGUAGAUAAUACCACACUGGAGACAAAGAGUCAGUCGAAGAUGACUGGAGACGAAGGGAAGGUCGGUAUGGCUCGUCUUGUGUCCUACCAGAGGGCAGUGUUUGUGGCAAUGUUUGUAGGCUACGCUUGCUACACCUACAACCGUAAGAGUGUCUCCUACGCCAUCCCAACACUACUGGCAUCUGGACUUAUCAACACCAGUACCAUAGGAAUCAUCAGCAGUUGUCAGAACAUAGCGUACGCCAUUAGCAAGUUCCUGGGUGGUAUUUUGUCUGACAAGAUGAGCGCUCGUGUUCUGUUUGCCAUAGGGUUGGCUGUGAGUGGUGGCAGUACGCUGCUCUUCUCCCGCACUGACAACACUGUGGUCUGGGCCUUACUCUGGUUCAUCAAUGGCUUCGCCCAGGGUGCUGGCUGGCCUGCCUGCGCCAAGCUACUGAAGAAGUGGUUCAGCGCAGAGAACUUCGGUACUUGGUGGAGCGUGUUGACUGCCAGCAGUAAUGUGUCUGGUACUCUCUCUCCUCUGCUUGCUGCCUAUGUUAUCAUCAGCCAUGGUUGGAGUGCCUCGCUGGUCAUCUCAGGUCUGCUGUCACUGGUGAUAGCAGCAGUGACGUUAGUGACAGUGGUGGAUGACCCCGUCCAUGUUCACCUCCCUAACCCCAACACCACCACUACAACCUCAACCAUCAACCCAACACACUCCAUCACAACCCCACCUUCCAACAAGAACGAUGAGAGUGAGAAGAUGACUGUGAAGGAGUUAGCAUCAUCACCAUUCCUGUGGCUGGUGGCUGCCUGCUACCUGGUGGUCUUCUGUACUAAGACUGCACUCUCAGACUGGGGACAGAUCUUCCUCAUGGCUGAGCUGGGACGGUCCCAGAUGCAAGCUAGUUCCUUCACCAGUGCCAUGGAGACUGGCGGCUUCUUCGGGGGCAUCCUGGCUGGUCUGCUCACUGACAAGAUGGUCAGAAAGGUGAAGACUCGUGGUAACGCGAGGCUGAUGGUGGCUGCUACGUUCAUGGUGACUUGUGCUGCUGGUGUACACGUGAUGCGAGCCUCCCUCACUCCUCACACCUCCCAGGCAGUGGUAUCAGUUGUUGGCAUGGUGUUGGGUGCCAGUAUGUACGGACCAAUCUCCAUCUACGGCAUCGUGGCGUCAGAGUCCUUCCCCACCCAUCUCUCAGGCACUGCACACGCUGUCGUCGCUCUGGCUGCUAAUGUUGGAGCUGUUGCUGCUGGUUGGCCGCUGAGCUGGGUAGCCAAGACAUGGUCAUGGAGUGGGGUACUACUGCUGCUGGAGACUAUGGCAGCCUCCUCCGUUCUCCUUAUCCUCUCCACCUCUUCCAAACACCUCACACCCAAGCUCAAGACAGCCUAAAUGAACCUCUCCAUGCAGGAAUUGUCUUACUACCCAGAAGUCGCGAUGUAGUGUUGACACUACCUGGAAGUUCAGACUGCUUACUUGGAUGUAUUAAUAUGAUCCAAGAGAUGAUUGGAGAGGCUACUGAAUGGACCAGAUCUGUGUUAUAGCUCACUGACACAAGAUCAUCCAACUCUCCUGGGAUCUUUCAGUUCGUGAUCUUAACGCCACUAUAACACUAGUAAAAUUACUUUAUUACAUUCGAUAUAUAUAUUUAUUUUCUUAAAGCAAAAAUCUAUGCUAUGCUCCCUUUACCACUUAUUUGAUUAAGCAAUCCAUUUCUUGCAAUACUUAAGAGUUAUUCUAAACUAAAAGCAAAUUUCCAGCAAUUGCUGCCUCAUGAGAUACAAAUGACAAUCUCUGAGUUUAGCACAUGCUAAGUAAGGAAAUCCAGCAAUGGUAGAGUGCAUGAUGUGCAAUUUACAGUGAGGGUGUGUGCCUCAGGGGAAAGAAAUGUGUGUAUACAUUACAUGCAAACGUGUAUCCACUUAAACUCUUAGUUUAACAACAACUUUCUUGACAACACUCACCCGUGAGGUGUAAGUGGCAGUAUACAACAGUCACCUGAGUGGUACAAGAGGCAGCCAGGCCUCAACCCUCACCUGAGAGGUACAAGAGGCAGCCAGGCCUCAACACUCACCUGAGUGGUACAAGAGGCAGCCUGGCCUCAACACUCACCUGAGAGGUACAAGAGGCAGCCAGGCCUCAACACUCACCUGAGUGGUACAAGAGGCAGCCUGGCCUCAACACUCACCUGAGAGGUACAAGAGGCAGCCAGGCCUCAACACUCACCUGAGUGGUACAAGAGGCAGCCAGGCCUCAACACUCACCUGAGAGGUACAAGAGGCAGCCAGGCCUCAACACUCACCUGAGAGGUACAAGAGGCAGCCAGGCCUCAAUGCUCACCUGAGAGGUACAAGAGGCAGCCAGGCCUCAACACUCACCUGAGAGGCACAAGAGGCAGCCAGGCCUCAACACUCACCUGAGAGGUACGAGAGGCAGCCAGGCCUCAACACUCACCUGAGAGGUACGAGAGGCAGCCAGUCCUCAACACUCACCUGAGAGGUACAAGAGGCAGCUUGGCCUCAACACUCACCUGAAUGGUACAAGAGGCAGCCUGGCCUCAACACUCACCUGAGAGGUACAAGAGGCAGCCAGGCCUCAACCCUCACCUGAGAGGUACAAGAGGCAGCCUGGCCUCAACACUCACCUGAGAAGUACAAGAGGCAGUUUGGCCUCAACACUCACCUAAGUGGUACAAGAGGCAGCCUGGCCUCAACACUCACCUGAGAGGUAAAAGAAGCAGCAGCCUGGCCUCAACAUUCACCUAAGUGGUACAAGAGGCAGCCAGGCCUCAACACUCACCUGAGAGGUACAAGAGACAUCCUGGCCUCAACACUCACCUGAGAGGUAAAAGAAGUGGCAGCCUGGCCUCAACACUCACUUGAGUGGUACAAGAGGUGGCAGCCUGGCCUCAACACUCACCCGAGUGGUACAAGGGGCGGCAGCUUGUCCUCAACACUCACCUGAGUGGUACAAGAGGUGGCAGCCUGGCCUCAACACUUACCUGAGUGGUACAAGAGAUGGCAGCCUGGCCUCAACAUUCACUUGAGAGGUACAAGAGGCGGCAGCCUGGCCUUAACACUCACCUGAGUGGUACAAGAGGUGGCAGCCUGGCCUCAACACUCACCUGAGUGGUACAAGAGGUGGCAGCCUGGCCUCAACACUCACCUGAGUGGUACAAGAGGCGGCAGCCUGGUCUUAACACUCACCUGAGUGGUACAAGAGGUGGCAGCCUGGCCUCAACACUCACCUGAGUGGUACAAGAGGUGGCAGCCUGGCCUCAACACUCAUCUGAGUGGUACAAGAGGCGGCAGCCUGGUCUUAACACUCACCUGAGUGGUACAAGAGGUGGCAGCCUGGCCUCAACAUUCACCUGAGAGGUACUAGAGGCAGCCUGGACCAGGGUGAGACCUGGUUGACGACCUGGGUCCUUACCUCACAUUCCACCUUACUAGACUAGAGAAAUAAUUUCCACUAAGGAAACACACACAGUGCGGAUCAGAGGAGAUGGACAUAGUAGUAUGUGUAAAUUUAUUGUAAAUGUGUAAAAAUAGUGCUCGUAAAAUAAAAUAAUAUGUAAAUAUAAUAUUAUUUUUUUGACAGUGAAAAAGUAUUGAGAGCGUGACUGAAGACUGACACCUAUAUUUGUAUAUUAAUAUACUGUAUUUACUUAUUAAAUGCUCGAGGCACAUCCCCCUAUGAAAAAAGAAGAAAGAUGUAAACUAAAGAUGAUCCAUAUACAAAUGAAGGUAAAGAAUCACAGAGCUCCUGAAAGAGGCCAAUAUAUCUGAGAUACGGAAGGAGGCACUGGUUAGAUUAGAGAUUAGAUUUUGCCACCGAAGUGACUAGUUUGUGCACCCCAUAUCCAUCCUGUGGACGGUAGCGCAAGAGCAUGUGGAUAUACAAAAGGCCUAGAACUAGGCCCCAAAAGGGUUAACAGGUCUACAUAUCUACAGUUCACUUAUCUGUUACAAGCAAAUUUAGGAAUUUUGCUUAGUAUAUCUGGUAUCUUAUUUUCAUUAAUAAGAUAUCUUGACAUGUUACAUAGGUUAUUAUACUGUCUGUCUCUGUAUUCCUCAGUAAGUGGACAAUUAAGCACAAAGUGCUCAAGACAGUGACCAUAUCCCUGACCACAUAAUUAGCAUUUAGUUUGAUCAUUAUCUGUGUGUCUCCCAAACUGCCAGAAGUACUUGUAACCAAGCCUAAGCCUGGCCACUACAACAUCAGUCAGUUCUUGUAACCAAGCCUAAGCCUGGCCACUACAACAUCAGUCAGUACUUGUAACCAAGCCUAAGCCUGGCCACUACAACAUCAGUCAGUACUUGUAACCAAGCCUAAGCCUGGCCACUACAACAUCAGUCAGUUCUUGUAACCAAGCUUAAGCCUGGCCACUACAACAUCAGUCAGUACUUGUAACUAAGUCUAAGCCUGGCCACUACAACAUCAGUCAGUACUUGUAACUAAGUCUAUUAACUAGUCUAUGUAACAACGUCUAUUAACUAGACUUUCCAACAACAUCCAAACUACACUAGUAAGAUCAAUGGGUCGAUAGUGGGAGGCAUCAUGGCCCGAAGUGCCUACCUGGUUUAUGAAAAGACAGAACAAUAGCAGUUUUCCAUGGAUGGGAGGAACUCUUGUGACCAAACAAGAUUUAAAAAUGUAAGAGGGCUACGAGGGCUGUCGGAAGUAAAUGUUGAAGCAUACUAAUAUGAAUGCCAUCAGGUCCAGCUGCUGACGAUCGGCAAAUGGGAAGUGUUGACUCAAGUUCUAGAUGUGUAAAAGGCACAUUAUUAGACUCUUCUCUGCUAGAAGAAAAGUCUAAACGUGGUAACUUUUUGGUAGACUUGGAGGAAAGAAAUGAGGAGCAUAGAUGGGGCCCUGAGAGAUACAGACAAGAUAAUUUCCAAUUGCUGUAACAACUGUAGACUGUCUACAUCGUCUUCACAUCUCAACUGCUCCUGCCAACUUUUCUGUACACGACUGAAGAAGCCUACUGUAUAUGCGAAACUUUUUGGAAUAAAGAUGCCUAACUGUU